AUGCUUAGUCCCAAUCAGGAUGGUCCUCAAUUACCACCCCGAGCAGCUGGCUGCGAGCUCCCCGGUGUGUGGCUUGAUUCCGCGACUGAUUUCGACAAUGCGGCGUGCAGGUGGUGGGCGCGGGUGCGGGAGGAGGAGGCCGCGGGCGGGGUGCGGUACGCGGCCACCGCGGCGGCCUCGCCCUCCUACUACGGCCUCAGGCUCCUCCACAGCUUCCUGCACCCGGAUCUCGUCCUCCGCCUCGAGCGCGGGGACGGCCGCGCGGGUGCCGGCGCUGGCGGAGGAAGCGGGGGAGGAGGACGCAGCUACGCGCUCGUCCCGGCCGACGAGCUCUCCAGGGCUCUCGCCAGGCAGAAUUCUGGCUUUGGUCUGCAAAAUAAGCAUUCGUUUGCUGGAGAUAGUGCUGGUGCUUAUCCUUUGGUGCUUAGGAUAUCUGUCCGAGAAACAAGUAUUCUGAAUCUGAGGAUCAGCAAAAAGGACAACCCAGUUGAGAACUACAAACGAGCAAACAAAAUUUUCAAUGUUGAUUCUCAACCAGUUCAUGUUUGGGAUUUUUCAGGGCAGACAAACCUAAUAUUAAUGAAUGAAUGGAAUAGGCUACAUCAUGACUGUUGCCAUGCAGAUCAAGAGAAUCUUCUGGAAGUGCAAGUCUAUGCAAUGUCCGAUUCCUUAACAUCCAAAAUCGGAGGUACCAACAAAGAAAAUUCCGGAGAUGUUGAUGAUUUGAGUGCUGAUUCAUCCUACAGAAGCUUUGGAAGAGCUGGCUCUAUGGGGUUAAUAGGAUUGGAGAAUCUUGGAAAUACUUGCUUCAUGAACAGUUCAAUCCAAUGUUUGGCUCACACGCCAAAGCUUGUUGAUUAUUUCCUUGGUGAUUAUGCCAGAAAUAUUAAUCGGACUAAUCCAUUGGGAUUGAAUGGUGAACUUGCUUUGGCGUUUGGAGAACUGUUGAGGAGCUUAUGGACCACUGACAGAAAACCAAUUGCACCACAUCAUUUCAAGGAAAAAAUUGCCUGCUUUGCUCCUCAGUUCAGUGGCUUUAAUCAGCAUGAUUCACAGGAGCUUCUUGCUUUUUUAUUGGAUGGUCUCCAUGAAGAUCUUAACCAGGUUAAGUGUAAACCAUAUGAAGAAGCAAAGGAUGCAAGUGGCCGUCCUGACGAAGAAGUUGCAGAUGAGUACUGGAGCAACCAUUUAGCUCGAAAUGAUUCUGUGAUAGUUGAUACCUGCCAUGGACAAUACAAAUCUACAUUAACUUGUCCUACUUGCAGUAAAACAUCUGUCACAUUUGACCCAUUUAUGUACUUAUCUUUGCCCGUACCUUCCACGGCAAAGAGGACAAUGACUGUAACAGUUUUCAGCACUGAUGGUAUCAGAGAACCAUGCUCAUAUGAUGUCAGUGUGCCCAAGUUUGGGACUCUUAGUGAUCUUGUUCAGGCUUUAAGCAUUGCUUGCUUACUUGGAAAUGAUGAGAUCCUGCUUGUUACAGAGGUCUAUAAUAACUGCAUCAUUCGAUACCUGGAGGAACCUUCUGAUUCGGUUUCAUUGCUAAGGGAUGGAGAUAAACUGGCAGCAUACAGGCUACCCAAAAAAUAUGAGAAAUCCCCACUUGUGGUUUUUACACACCAGCAUAUGGAUGAGUAUUCUAGUGGUGAUAAUGUAACUCCACAAAAGAAGGAAUUUGAGGCCCCACUUCUGGCAACCCUUCCAGAGACAGUCAAUGGAUUAUUGCUUCAGGAUAUCUACCUGAAAUUGUUAAAUCCAUUUCAACUUUCCAAGGGGGCUAACUCACUUAGUGGUUUUGCAGGGUCUAAUGGUGACCCUGUUGAUCUGAUGGAUGGAAUGCCUUCUGAUUCAGACAGUAAUUUUCAGAACAUUCAAUUGGAAGAUGACACUGAAAGCAGUAACUGCAGUACUACUGAUUGUGAAAUAAGAAAAGGACCCAGUGAGUUAUAUGAUAUGGGUACAGCUGAUUCUGACAAGGGAGCAAACGUGGAAGAGUUUGAAUUUUACUUAAAAAAUGAAAGGGGUGAUGGCCAGCAACAGAAAAUAGAUAUUAAUGAAGUGGAUUUGCUUGAGACAAUACCAAGCCGGUUGCAUGUGAAUGUCCACUGGCAACAAAGUGCGUCAAGGCAAUAUGACACCUCAAUGCUGAACAAUCUACCUGAGAUUCACAAGCUUGAGCUAAUCCCGAAAGGAACUGAAGAUUCUGUUGCACUACAUGGUUGUCUGGAAGCCUUUCUAAAAGAGGAACCAUUGGGUCCGGAAGACAUGUGGUACUGUCCGUGCUGCAAGAAGCAUCAACAAGCGAUGAAGAAAUUGGAUCUCUGGAGGCUGCCUGAAGUCCUUGUGAUCCACCUCAAAAGGUUCUCGUACACUCAGUUCACAAGAAACAAGCUUGAGACAUUUGUUGACUUUCCCACCACUGAUUUGGAUCUAUCAUGCUACAUCGCCAACAAGAGUGAGCAGCCGAGCAGCCAUUAUCACUUGUAUGCCAUUAGCAACCACUACGGAAACAUGGGAGGGGGGCAUUACACCGCCAGCAUCUAUCAUGAGGAAGGGAAAGGAUGGUAUAAGUUUGAUGAUGAAUGUGUAACUCCUAUAAGUGAAGACGGUAUAAAGACGUCCGCAGCUUAUGUUCUGUUCUACAGACGAGAGUGAGGAUACAGGAGCAUUUUCUGCAUGUGUUUUUUGGCUGGCAACUCCAGAAUUCCCUACAUACCAGCCGCUUCACCAUGUCUGAUUUCACCAUGUCGGCACUUGGAUCUCUCGAGUCAUACUAACUUACCUAUACAACAGCAUGUACAGAUUCAGCUGCCAACAGGAGACACCGAAAGAACCUAGCUGAUGCAAUAUUCUUUUUCCCAGCUCACAAUAUUCUUAUAUUCUUUAGGGUACAUGGCCCGGGCCCCCCCAUCCCCAGCAUUGUAAUCUCCACCAGUGAAGGAAGGGUCAACGAACACAAUUCUUUUGUCGCCGCCGCCCGCUUGAAUUCUUGCUGAGAAUUCGAGGCAGCGAUGUAACAGCUCUGUAAUUAACUCCAGUGUGAUCUGUUCUUGUCCAGAUUUCCCCAUGA